AUGUAUUCGAAACACCAACUGGUUCAAUGAAAAUUUCUACUAGAAUAGGCGGAAAACAUUUUGUUGGUUUUAUAAAUGAAAAACAAGAACAAAAGCGAGAUGGAACUCCUUACAGUAAAAAAUAUGCAGUUCUAGAAAUCUGCACUUGGGAAAAAU